CACCUCAUCCAGCAAGUUGCCCUGUCAAAAUGGAACGUCCGCCUCUUUCUCCAACUCGCGAUCCAGAACAGUCGCAUUCGGGAUCUACGAGCUUUACUCAAUCCCGCCCACUAAUCGGUUCACCACAUCCCGUGCCCCAACUUCACAUGGCACCAACUUUUCGUCCAUUAUUGCCUUCAGGUUGGACUGAACACCAGGCACCCAACGGAAUGUUUUAUUAUUACAACGCGGCAACUGGACAAAGUAGUUGGGAAAGACCGGUCAUGGUACCACCACCGCCACCUCUUGGUCCUCCACCGAUGGGGAUCGGCAUACCUCCCUUACACCCUUUCCAACAGACAUCUG